GCGCUGCCGGCGGUUGUCAUGGAAAUGACGUGCGGGCGCGCAGGAGGGGGCGUGGCUGUGACGGGAUAGCGCUAGCUGGAGGCUGCAGUUCGGUUGUAGCGGCUCCGGAGGUCCCACAGAUAUCACCAUGCCCAUCCGCCGUGCGGUCAACUCCUCCGCCCAGGAGACUCCUCCCAAGAAUCGCCCGGCCGAGAGUGAGGAGAAAGCAGAGGCAGAUGCCAGCUCCGAGGAAUCCGCUUCUACUGGGGAGGAACAGGAGACCGAGACCCCCCCGGCCACUUCCAGUGAGACAGAGCAGCCCAAGGAGUCGGAGCCUGAGGAGGAGAAGAAGGGAGAAGGACAGAUAGCCGAGGAGACCAAAAAGGAGGGUGAGAAGGAGCAGUCGAAGGAGAAGGAAAAGAAAGUGAAGAAGACGAUCCCCUCGUGGGCGACUCUCUCUGCCAGCCAGCGGGCACGGGCCCAGAAACAGAUCCACGUCUCUUCCUCCUCUCGCCCCAAGAUGGACGCCAUCCUGACCGAGGCCAUUAAGGCCUGUUUCCAGAAGAGCGGCGCCUCGGUGGUGGCCAUCAGGAAGUACAUCAUCAGCAAGUACCCCUCCCUGGAGCUGGAGCGCCGGGGGUAUCUGCUCAAACAGGCGCUGAAGAGGGAGCUGGAGAGGGGAAUUAUCCGCCAGGUGAAGGGGAAAGGUGCGUCCGGCAGCUUCGUGGUGAUCCAGAAUUCUGGCAAAUCUGCCGCCAAAUCCCGAGACAGAAAGAAAAGUGGUGCCAGCGCCGCCGCUGCCGGGGACCAACCCAGUGUAAAGCUGGAGGACAUCUUGCCCCUGGCAUUUACCCGCCUGUGUGAGCCCAAGGAGGCCUCCUACAGUCUCAUCAAGAAGUACCUGUCCCAGCACUACCCCAAGCUCAAGGUGGAUAUCAGGCCUCAGCUGCUGAAGAACGCAUUGCAGAGAGCUGUAGAGAAAGGGCAACUGGAGCAGAUCACUGGCAAAGGAGCUUCAGGCACAUUCCAGCUGAAGCGGGCAGGAGACAAACCUCUUCUGGUGGGCGGAGCCUUCGAAGAUGCCAUCCUCUCCGCCAUUACUGCCAUGAAUGAGCCCAAAACCUGCUCCACCACCGCCAUCAAGAAAUAUGUUCUGGAGAACCACCCCGGGGUCAACUCCAGCUUCCAGGUGCAUCUGCUGAAGAGGACGCUGCAGAAGUGCGAGAAGAACGGUUGGUUGGAGCAAAUCUCCGGCAAGGGCUUCAGUGGCACCUACCAGCUCUGCUUCCCCUAUUACCCCAGCCCCUACGUGCUCUUUCCUGAGAAACCCCACGAGAAGGAGGAAGAGGAGGAGUCUGAGGAGGAAGAAUCCGAUGAGGAGGAAGAAUCUGAAGAGGAAGAGUCCGAGGAAGAGGAACCCCCACCAAAAAGGAGGAUGCAGAAGAAGGCGGCCCCAGCCAAAUCCAGGAGCAGAGCCCCGCCUCCCAAACCCAAGAAGCGAGCCCCCCCUCCCCGAGGGAAGGCAAAAAGUACCCCGAAAAAAGCCCCCCCACCCCCUCCUCCUCCUCCUCCUCCUCCAAAAUCCAAGAAGGGAAAGGCCGCCCCGGCCCCUCCCCCUCCUCCUCCCGCCAAGAAGCCAGCGAGCCGGCCCCCCAAGAAAGCGGCGGCGGCAAAGAAGGCGGUGAAACCCGCAGCCAAGGGCAAGUCGAGCCAAAGGAAGUCGCUGCGCUCCCGGAAGUGAUUGGGGGCCCCCGGGGGGAGGAGCCGAGAGCCCAAAUUACAGGAAAAAAAAGAAAAAAAAAAAACGACAAAAAACUUUUGUAAGGUUUCCGUGCGUUUGAUUCCCGCCCCCCAGGCCCGAUACUUCCCCUUUAAUUUCUCCGGAUGGUUCUGUUUCUUUUAGCUGUAGCCCCCCCCCCGGCCCCCCAAUACCCGGUAUUCAGGGGGAAAGUUGCGUUGAGGUUUGAGUUGCUUUUUUGUACUAUUAGUUGUACGGCAGCGCCAGCGUCAGUUCUGCUCUUCCAAUCACAAGCCGCCAUUCCCCCCCAGCAUCACGUAGGGUAGAAACGUGUAGAUUUUGUAAAUUAAACCCUACCCCCCCCCCGGCGCUUUGUUUUCCCUUUAGCAAGUGAUUGGCCCCCAGGCAGAGGAUUCUGGGAUAGGGGCUAUUAUCCUUUGCUUUGCCCGUUCUGUUGCCCUUAGUCCUACAGCGCCGCCCACAGGAGCCAAUGCAGCUCCGCAUGUUGUACCAGAGCUGGGCCCCACCCCCGCCCCCACUUCAGCCAAUCGUCUCUUUACUUUAAACUUUGCCAUUUUGUAAGAAGCGGCCCCGCCCACGGACAGAGAUGUGAACCAAUGGGUUUCCUGCUGUUUGCUAUAAUAAAAAGAACUAGAUUCUG